AUGUACUCAAAAACCGCCUAUACACAAGGCCACAACAAUACCUCUCUGUCUAACGGAGCUCGUGCUGGCGGAGCGUCAUCACUAGGCGCACCACUGGAGGGCUUUGUGGAUUACGUGCCUGACCUGUUACGCCGUCGCACCCAUCCGCAGGAACCGGCGCGCAGGCGGCCACGGGCUAGAGCGGUUCUUGACCCGGCCACUCGGAUGCGUACGGCGUUGGCUUGCAGCCGUUGUAGGAAGAUGAAGAUUCGGUGCCAGGUGGACCCCGUGAUAAGCUCCACUUGCUUGAGCUGCCACAAGGCUGGCAUCCAUAGUUGUGAAUACUACCGAGUGGGAUCAGGAGAUGCCCCCAAGGUCCUCCAGAGGAUGCGUCCGGCUCAAAGUACGGCGCAUACUUCCAUGAACGGGUCUGCCUCCAGCGAAUAUCACCACGCCCGCGCCCUCCGCUGCCCAAUCGCUGCUUCUGCGAGCUCUCAUCUCUCUGGCCCGUCUGGUGAUGCAUUUUCGCACCCUGGAGUGGCGCACCUGCCCAGUGCAGAUGUCAGCUGGGCCGCCGCCGAGUUCCCCGUAGACGAAACCGCCGCGAGGCGCUGGAACCAGCCGCACACCGGCCCGCCCAGCCGUUCCGAGCACUGCCACUGCCAUCGCCACUUCGCCCAGCGCGGUCGUGUAUACCACGGAUCCAAGAAGGUGCAGUCAUCGGCAGACACCUCCCAAUGCCGCAGCCCAACUUGGCAUCCGUUUCGACCAGUCAACAUUCUCACGACGAAGGAGCCCGAGACGAGCACUUCCGCAAUUGGCGUGCGUAUCUCAUUCCACGGUGAUACUCCUGAGGUUCUGCUGAGCAUGGGCGUGUAUUUGAGUGCUGAAGCCCAACGCCGACUCUAUGCUAGACUCUUCGGCGUCCAGGCCCGAACGCAAAAUACCGAGAUCGAUUUCAUCGAUGACGUUGGUGAUAAUGUAGGUGAGAGAGCUGAUUACCAAGGUGCUGCAAAGUUCGUCGGUUAG